CCAGACCGGAAGUGGAGCCGGAACAUAAAAUGUCGAACUGUAGUUCCGCAUUAGCUCCAGAGACACCACAAAACCAGUGUAGGAGAAACGUGAAUCCCUGAUAUGGGUUUUUAAAGAGCUUAUUUUUAUUAACAGAUACAUAAAUACUUUCGACGUUCAUCCUGAAGCAGGGAUAACCGUACAAAGUGGUGACGAAGGUGACUAAAGUCAGCAGCAAUGAGUGGUGGCCCUGCAUCGGUCCAGAUGGACGAGGUCAGGAGCAGAUCCCAGUCCCUCCUCUCCGCCUCAGGUGUAGCCCAGGAUGUGAAGGUGGAGGUCCAAACCAUGGCCACCAUCGCCCUGCCUCUGUCAGAGAAGUACCGCCACAUUGGAGUGGAGGCCAUCUUGAAGGAGAACAUGGCCUGCUGCAAUAAACAGGAGGUUCUGGAGUCUUUGAGUAAAUUGAUCAAGGCCUUGAGUAUCCUGGAGAAGUACGGCUGUAAUCUGACCAGUCCGGCCAGGCCCAAAUACUGGAGGAGCGUCAAGCACAACAACCCUGUCUUCAGAAACACUGUGGACGCCGUUAAAGGAAGCCGGAGAAUCUUGUUUCUCUACGGUUACACCAACCAGCAGAUAGACGGCCUCAGUUUCCCGGAUGAAGUCAAUGAACCAGACACUGCUAAAGUGGCUGCAGUGACUCUGGAGGUCAUGACCUUACGCACAGAGGGGGACAUGGUCAUAAAGGGCACACAUCCUCACAUAGAGUACUUCAAAGAUAUCAUCCCAUUCAUCAUCCAGCAGGACACUCCUGGGAAUGAUGCUGUGGUUAUCCAACCUGUAGAGGAGCUGCAGGUUCAGUCUCUUCCACUUAAACCCACUCCAGUCCCCGUAGCACCACCUCGGACACCGUCGACAGGCUCUACUCCAGCAAGUAACUGUAACCUGUGUGGUGCCACAUCUACUCUGUUUUGUCCGUCUUGUGACAAUCAGACUUUCUGCGAUGCAUGCGACGGCCUCUUUCACCGCCACACUUCCAGAGCCAAUCACAAGAGAGACAAAAUACUGAAAACCAAACAGGAGACUUGCACCAUCUGUGGGACUUCUGCUCACGCUGCAUGCUCCACCUGCGCCCAGAGGCUGUGUGAGAACUGUGACAAGCUUUUCCACUCCCACCCCGACCGUAUAGGACAUCACAGGAAUAUUAUUACACCUUCCAAAACAUCCAGUCCGUCUCUGUCUCCUUGGGAGUGUGCUCACUGCACCACAGUGAACGAGAUGCGAGCCGUCCUCUGCACCACCUGCGAGCGCCCGCGACUUUCUACAGCCGCUUCCAUCGUUCCAGAAAGCCUGACGCCGGUUCCUACUUCUCCCAACACAGACUGGCAGUGUAAGAGCUGCACAGUUGUGAAUCAAGGCAGCAGCAUCCUGUGUGAGGUGUGUGAGCGCCCUCGACUGGCCACUCGCCCGCCUGUCGCCUCACUACUCUGCAGCCCAGGAUCUCUGUCCGAGUCUGGGACGAAGUCUCUUUCACAGUGGAUGUGCCAGUUCUGCACCUACGUCAACACACAUCCCGUUGCGGUGUGUGAGAUGUGCAACCUGUCGGGUAAAGACUCAGUCCAGCCGGCUGCGUCCAGCUCCAAGGAGAAACCCCCGGUGGCUGUAAAGCCCCAACCGAAGCCCAGACUCAACAUGGAAGUGAAAAGACAGAAGAUGAUGCGAGAAGACGGCCUUUAUCUCGUCCAGCAGAUUAGAGAAGCAGAAAAGCGCGGCAUCAGUGCUGAGGAGGUGUACGCAGCCAUCGGCCUGUGUGGCGGCAGCAACACCAACCCCUGUGAUUGGCUGACGUCUGAGCUGCCUCACCUGCUGGACCAAAUCUGCGCCAUGGCGGCUUCCGUUCAGCAACCCGCGGUGGAGAAUGGUGCGGCGGAGGAGGCGGGGAAUGGAGGGCAGAGUGUCGCAGGAGAAGGUGUAAAGAUGUCCAGAGCCGAGGCCAAGCUGGCCUGGCUGUCAGCAGGGGGAGACAUAGACAAGGCAGUGAGACAGCUGCUGAGAGACAGACGAGCCAAGAUGAAGGAGCUGCACUCUCUGGGCUUCAGAGACGUGCUCCAGUGUGAGGAGGCCCUGCGGCUGAGUGGAGGAGAGGUGAAGGGGGCUUUGUCUCUGCUGCAGCGCCCCCUCCUGGAGCCCUUCCACCAGCGAAUCUGGGCCAACCAGGCCGAGCCGCCGAUAGAUCCUACAGACCCGGACAAACAGAGGAUGUGCAGGCGUCUGCUGGCGCUGUACGACCUGCCCAGCUGGGGGCGCUGCGAGCUCGUCCUCUCACUGCUGCAAGAGCCAGACGUCACCUACUCCCUGGAGGACGUAGUGCAGGCUGUGAAAGAGUCCCACGACAAGGACUUCAUCAGGCGUCUCCUCAAAAACGAGUGCCCCAUCUGUAUGAACAGCUUUCCCCGCAGCAAGAUGCAAUCCCUGACUUCCUGUCAGUGCUCCGUGUGCCACGAGUGCUUCGGGCACUACUUCACCAUCACCGUGAGAGACAAACACAUCAGAGACAUGGUGUGUCCCAUCUGCAGUGAGCCGGACAUCAACGACCCCGAACAGCUGGACAGUUACUUUUCCACACUGGACAUUCAGCUGCGGGGGUGUCUGGAGUCAGACGUAUACGAUCUGUUCCAUAAAAAACUCACUGAGCACGCUCUGAUGAAAGACCCAAAGUUCCUCUGGUGCUGUCAUUGCACUUCAGGGUUUAUCAACGAUGGAGACCAGCUGAAGGUCACCUGCCCGUCUUGCCACAGGAGUCUGUGCGCUCGCUGCCAGAAAGCUUGGGAGCCCCAGCACCAGGAUCUGUCCUGUGAGCAAUUCCAGCAGUGGAAGAGGGACAAUGACCCUGAGUACCAGAGGCAGGGCCUGGCCGGGUUUCUGAGAGACAACGGCAUCACCUGUCCUCAAUGCAAGUUCCAGUACGCUCUAACCAAAGGCGGCUGCAUGCACUUCAGCUGCUCCCAGUGCAGGUACCAGUUCUGCAGCGGCUGCAACAACCCCUACCACAAGACCAUUUGUAAGACGCUCCAAUGCAAUUACAACGGUCUGCAUGCUCAUCACCCCCGGGACUGUCUGUUUUACCUCAGAGACUGGGAAGCGCCCAGACUACAGGCCCUGCUGCAGAGGAGCGGCGUGGAGUUCAACACAGAUCCCUCUAAUGGAGCACAAACUGAAGCUUGUGGUGUGAUGGAGCAGAAAGAUGAAGCAGGUCAGCAGAUUGAUUCACCAUGUGGCCACCAGACACAGCCGGGGCAAGCCGGACUCUGCGAGAAACAUUACAAGGAGUACCUAGUGAGUCUGAUCAACUCUCACUCUUUGGACCCCGCUCUGCUCUACGAUAUUCCAGAGCUUAUUCGAGCCUGUGAGAGGUACCUGGUAGACAAGCAGAAAGGAGAGAACGAGGACGAUAAUGCUUACCAGGCUCGACUAACUAAGAAACUGAUGGAGGUUCCUCUUGGAGAAAAAGUUCCUCGGAACAAUAGAGCCAUGGCAGUAGCGAGAAUGCGCUCUACACGCAGACUGCGCUCGUGGAUCGUCGAACAGGUCAGCAGUGAAAAAUUCCCAGGGCUGAUGUGGGACGACGAUGCAAAAACAAUGUUCCGCAUCCCGUGGAAACACGCAGGGAAACAGGACUUCCGUAAAGACGAGGACGCCGCCAUCUUUAAGGCGUGGGCCGAGUUCAAAGGCAAGCUGACGGUUGGGAGUGAGGACAACCCGGCGUCCUGGAAGACACGCCUGCGCUGCGCCCUCAACAAGAGUACGGAGUUCGAGGAGGUGAUGGAGCGAGCCCAGCUGGACAUCUCCGAGCCCUACAAGGUGUACCGCCUGGUGCCCAUCAGCGAGCAGGGUGUGGCGGUUCCAGAAAAGAAAUGCAGAGCAAAAGUCAACAAGAAAACAAGGAGGAGAAGGAGGAGGAGCAGCAGCAGCAGCAGCGACUCUGAGAGCGAUGUCAGUCCGGUCAAGCAGAUAAAGGCGGAGGAGGUCUCCUCCCAGCUGUCUGUUGAAGACAAUCUGCCGUUCACUAUCCCCCCUGUCCUCCCUGUGGAGACAGAGGAACCCGCUCAACACACCACCAGCAGCACCAUACACAGAGAUGUGGUUGAUGAAUUUACGUUGGACGUGCGGAUCGAGGAGAGCGUCUCUGCUCCAGUAGGAACUGAGGAUUCCUUCAAUGUGGUGGUUCAAUAUUUAGGACAAGAGGUUCUUAAACGUCACAUCCAGAAAAACGACAUCAGGAUUUUGUACUUGCCUUCCUCUUCGGUCCCCCCGGCGCCGGCCGUCCUGAAGGGCAGGUUUCCUCGCGUCCCGCUGCCGGAGCCGCCCUCCACGCUGCCCGCAGGCGAAGAGCUGCAGGCCCUGUUCACCUUGCUGCCCUUCAUGGAGAGAGGGGUGGUGCUGACCUCCAUGCCGGGGGGAGUCUACGGCAAACGGUUGUGCCGGGGGCGGGUCUUCUGGACGGGGCCGCACACCACCACACCGGGGCUGCACAAGAUGGAGAGGAGCACGGAGCCGGUGAUGCUCUUCUGUAAAGAAACCUUUAAACAACAACUGGACAACUUCCGUAUGAAUGGCGGCGAUCCCCCUCAGUGUGGCUUCACUCUUUGUUUUGGAGAAGAGCUGAGCAACACCGAAGACCCGUCUAGAAAACUCAUUAUUGUUCAGAUCAGCUUCCCCUGGGCGGAGCAGCAGGUCCAGAACACGCAGUCCUUUUUGGAUUCCAUCAGCAUGCUGCAGUCUCUGGCCAGUCAGUCUCCGCUGGGAGAAAUAACUCUGAACCUGAUCACCGUGUCCCCCUCCGCUGAGAUCUUCUCCUGUGGGACCCCCUGAGCACUUUGUCCGCAUGAAGGGGGGUUUGAUUCCAAAAUAAGAGCAACCCAUUCUUUCAAAAUUAGAGUAUGCUGAGCGAUAUGUCCAAGUUAACCCUUGAAUACAAGAUCUCAAAUGGUCAAAACUACUGAUUAGGGUCUAGAUUCUCCUUGCUUGUGUUGUCAUAUCGCUCAGCCCUUCUAGAUAGCACAUAACCAAACGUAUUGCACUUAUGAAAGCCCAAACACUUUUUAAAAUGGGAGAUCAAAUCUUCAAUGUCCAGCUCUUGUGGUGUAACCCUGAAAACGGAUAUUGUUUGUGAACUGGAAGCACUACAUUUAAACCAACACAAGUCGUCCUCAGAUCUGCACCGAUAGGUAGAUCCACUAGACAUGGCAUUAUAUAAAUCAAUUCUUUGUUUCAGUUAUUCUUCACCUGAAAAUUGUCAAACAUUUUCUGGUUUAAGCUUCUAAGAUUUUACAAUACACAUCUGCUCUACAUAUGGCUGUAGAUGUAGUAUCUUGGACUGUUUUGACUUCAAUAUGCUUGUGUUUUCACAGUUUUAACAUAUAGACUGGGGAAUAUAUUUAGAGUAAUAUCAUAAAUGAUGUUUAUGUAAUAGUGAAUGUUAAGGGAAACAUUCCAUACUCGGAUAACUUACAAUAAAACACAGAAUAGUUCAGUAGAGUAGUGAAAAUAAUAAGAGCACUUUUUUUAAUGGUAUGCUUGUUAGUUAAAUCCAAAUCUUGGGGUACUCAUUUAUCAUGGUAGGUUGUGUUGGUGAAACACAAACAUUUACACUUUGACGAUUAUGGGCUGUAUUUUAACAUGUAGCACUUAUAGAGGAAUAACCAACGUUCAGUCUGCUGUUAAACAAUAUUCAUCUGGGAUGUUCGGUUCGGUUUAUGCGUUAUAAAUGUAUCAACAUUACAAGGUGUACACAGUUAACCUUAAUUGACCUUUAACAGGGAAGACGUUCAGGAUGUUUGAUUAGUUUUGUGACACUGCUCUAGACAUUAGUUUUACAAUAGUUCUGUAAAGGUAAAAGCAGACAUCUUUAAUCUCAAUACAAAAGUCUUGCACUAAAAAUCAGUUUGCUGAAGCUCAGAAUAUUUGGUAUUUAUAUAUAUUUGUUUUAAAAUAUAGAUAUUAGUUAUAAGGAUAAUAUUCUGGGAUGUACACUAUGAUGUAGUUGUAUGCAGAUAUGGAUAUUUUCAAGUGUUUAUCAAUGUUUUUAGUAUUUGUCUGCAUUUCUAACUUUUCCUUUGAAGACAUAUUUGCAUAUAUUUGCAGGUAGUCUGGUGCUAGUACCCCCACAGGACUUAAACAUAAAGUAUAUUUCCUUAAAACUACUUUAAAGUGCCAUUUAAUAAGCUAUAAAUGGUUUGUAGGAGAACAAUUGAAGCAGCAUCUGCUUUAAGGAAAAUUAACUACCACCUUAAUCAUGAUUCCCUGAAACACCCGACAAAAAAAAGAGCUGCAACAAGUUUGUUUUUACUGCUAGACUUUUGUAUUGCAUUAUAUGGUGUUUGUGUUAUUUUGUCCACCCCCUGGAGCCUGUAAUGUACAUAGAAAUAAACAAGAGACAAAAAUA